AUGGGAGCGAAAAGCCGAAGAAAGAAACCAGAGGUGAAAGAAAACAAUCGAAAACGAAUAGAGAAGAUACAAGAGUCGAAGAAGAAACAGAAGAAAAUUUCUUCUUCCGGCGGCGACUUUCACGACGAUGAUGGAAAAAAUAAAAAUGGAACCACAAAGAACAACAACAACAACAGGAACACUAAUGGUGGUGGUGGUGGUGCUUUUGGUGCUGGUAUAAUCGAGGCGGUGCCGAUUCUAGCCUCUUACCGUGACGAUGCUUUUGGGGGUCUUUUCGUUGCCAUGGCAUAUUGUAAGGAGAUGAAAAUGAUGUUGUUAGUGGAAGAUAGGAGUAAAAAGAGUUUGGUGGUGUCUGUUUUCGGCGGCGGUGUGGGAGAAAAAAGAGAAUUUGAAGCGGAAGAUACGAUACGAGCGAUGGCGUUUUCGCGAUGCGGCAAUUACUUUGCCGUUUCCGGGGACGAUAAGAGAGUGUGCAUCUUUGAAAGAAAGAAGGGAGAAGACCAAGAGGGAGGAGAUUUUUAUUACUCGCUCGCGAACACGCGUUUGGCGAAUAAGAAAGUCACCUCGGUGACAUUUACUUUAGAUUCCAAACAUAUCGUUUACAGCGAUAAAUACGGCGACGUGCGCGUCAGUGAGGUUUUAACACCAGUGAACGACACCAAUAAAGACAUUACAACGACAACAACAACAAAAGACGAGAAAAUCGACGCGGAGGGCGGCGAUGCGGAAACGGGCGUUUUCGACAAACUUCUCCUAGGACACACAGGAACGGUGGUGACGAGCGUAUGCGUCGUCGACGGCGUUACAAAAGACGACAAAAAAGAAGAAUUCGUGUGCACGGCAGAUCAAGAAGGAAAGAUACGAGUCACGAGAAUGCCUCCAGCUGAUCUCCGCACGGAUAUCGAAGGUUCGGGAUUUGACAUUCAAUCGUUUUGCUUUGGGCACCAAGGAUUCGUGGCGAAAGUAGUCCCCGCGUUUUCGAAAAAUAAAAAUAUCAUCGUUUCCGCAGGUGGCGACGGGACAAUACGCGCGUGGGAUUGUUUGACAGGCAAACAGGUUUCUAAAACCGUGAAAUGUACUCCGGAGAUUCCAGUGCAAGACUUGGACGUGAUGCCAACCGAUGAUGAAAACUCUAUUUCGGUUGUCGCGAUACUUGAAAACGGGAAGAAGUUUGGCGCGCUUAUGUUCGUGAACGAACUCGCCGGAAAAGAAGACGAAAUCCUCAAACAUGACGCAGAAUCAAGCGAUGCGAAUGUUUGCGCUAUGCGUGCUCCGGUUUGUGUAGUUUUGGAAAAUAGCUCGGAAGAGGAAGAAGGAGUUGAGAAAAAGUACGUAAAGUGUGUAGGACGAAUUGGAGAGGAAGAAGUGAUGGAAAUCAAAAUCGUGGAGGAAGAAGUUCAAAGAGGGAUAAAAGCGAGCGAGUUCUUUGACAGCAAGUUUUAA